CACUUUUCUCCUACCAAAUUCCUGCCUUUACCUACCCUUUUCAUUCCCUCUACGAUUUUCUUUUCGAACUCAUUUCUUGUUGCUUUCUUCCACCUUCACUUCUCGAGCUGUCUCUUCCGCGCCGCGUGGAAAUCCACUCUCUCCUCCUACCUCUCUAUCCGCCGCUCCAGAGGUUUCGUCACUCGCUCUCCCUCACGCACAGAGGACUCCUGCGCAUUUACAAAGCUCUAGAACCCCGCGUAUAAGUCCAAAAGGGAGAGUUGCCGAGCAGAGGGAGAACAGAGUGGCUUCGUGCGGGCAGGGGGAUAUCAGAGGGGUGCCGCCAUGGCCGACAAGGAGGGGAACCUCGACGCCGUCCUCAAGGAGGCCGUCGACCAGGAGAACAUCCCACUUGAGGAAGUAUUUGAGAAUCUGAGAUGCAGCCGUGGGGGGCUCACUUCCGAGCAGGCGCAGCAACGCCUUCAAAUAUUUGGUCCCAACAAGCUCGAACAGAAGGAGGUCAGGUUUUUCUAGCCUCUUAGGAGAGCAAAUUUCUCUAGUUUCUAGGGUUCAUGUGGAAUCCACUGUCGUGGGUCAUGGAGGCUGCAGCUAUCAUGGCCAUCGCACUGGCCAAUGGUGGGGGGAAGCCACCAGACUGGCAGGACUUUGUUGGUAUCAUCACGCUGCUGCUUAUCAACUCAACUAUCAGUUUCAUUGAGGAAAAUAAUGCUGGAAAUGCUGCUGCGGCACUUAUGGCUCGUCUUGCACCAAAAGCCAAGGUGCUUCGUGAUGGCCAUUGGACUGAGGAAGAGGCAGCCAUCCUUGUGCCUGGGGACAUCAUCAGCAUUAAACUUGGAGAUAUCAUUCCUGCAGAUGCUCGGCUCCUUGAUGGGGAUCCUUUGAAAAUAGAUCAGUCUGCGUUAACUGGAGAAUCAUUGCCAGUCACCAAAGGUCCUGGUGAUGGCGUCUACUCUGGUUCAACGGUCAAGCAGGGUGAGAUUGAGGCUGUUGUGAUAGCAACUGGUGUCCACACUUUCUUUGGGAAAGCUGCACAUCUUGUCGACUCCACCAAUCAAGUUGGCCAUUUUCAGAAGGUCUUGACAGCCAUUGGGAACUUUUGUAUUUGCUCAAUUGCUGUGGGAAUGUUUGUUGAGAUAAUUGUCAUGUAUCCUAUCCAGCAUAGGGCAUAUCAUCCUGGAAUUGACAAUCUUUUGGUGCUUCUCAUUGGAGGCAUUCCCAUAGCAAUGCCAACAGUUUUGUCUGUGACCAUGGCAAUUGGGUCUCAUCGCUUAGCUCAACAGGGAGCCAUAACAAAAAGAAUGACUGCAAUUGAAGAGAUGGCUGGUAUGGAUGUACUUUGCAGUGAUAAAACGGGAACCUUGACCCUGAAUAAACUCACUGUGGACAAGAACCUCAUUGAGGUUUUUGAAAGGGGCGUGACUCAAGACCAAGUAAUUCUGAUGGCUGCUAGAGCAUCCCGAAUAGAAAAUCAAGAUGCUAUUGAUACUGCAAUAGUCGGAAUGCUAGCUGAUCCAAAAGAGGCACGUGCUGGUAUUCAAGAGGUUCAUUUCCUGCCAUUUAAUCCUACCGACAAAAGAACUGCCUUGACAUACAUUGACAGUGAUGGGAAGAUGUACCGUGUUAGUAAAGGUGCGCCAGAACAGAUUCUCAACCUCGCCUACAACAAGACAGAGAUAGAACGAAGAGUCCAUGCUGUAAUAGACAAGUUUGCUGAGCGUGGACUUCGAUCACUUGCUGUAGCAUACCAGGAAGUGCCAGAUGGAAGGAAAGAGAGCCCUGGUGGGCCAUGGCAUUUCGUUGCUCUUAUGCCACUCUUUGAUCCUCCAAGGCAUGACAGUGCCGAAACAAUACGAAGGGCACUGAACCUUGGUGUUAAUGUCAAAAUGAUCACAGGUGAUCAGCUAGCAAUUGGGAAGGAAACAGGGCGUCGCUUAGGGAUGGGUACUAACAUGUACCCUUCCUCUGCUUUGCUGGGACAGAACAAGGAUGAGUCUAUUGCUGCUUUACCAGUUGAUGAUUUAAUCGAGAAGGCUGAUGGUUUUGCUGGUGUAUUCCCAGAGCACAAAUAUGAGAUUGUGAAACGUCUGCAAGCGAGAAAACACAUUUGUGGAAUGACUGGUGAUGGAGUAAAUGAUGCUCCAGCGCUAAAGAAAGCUGAUAUUGGUAUAGCAGUUGCUGAUGCAACUGAUGCAGCCAGAAGUGCUUCUGAUAUUGUCCUAACAGAGCCUGGCUUGAGUGUGAUCAUUAGCGCUGUUCUUACCAGCCGGGCAAUUUUCCAGCGCAUGAAGAACUAUACUAUCUAUGCCGUCUCGAUUACAAUACGUAUCGUGCUUGGAUUUAUGCUGCUUGCCCUCAUAUGGGAGUUUGAUUUCCCACCAUUUAUGGUGCUGAUUAUUGCAAUCCUAAAUGAUGGUACCAUAAUGACAAUAUCAAAGGAUCGAGUAAAACCUUCGCCGCUACCUGACAGCUGGAAGCUGGCUGAGAUUUUCACUACUGGAAUCGUGCUUGGUGGAUACUUGGCAGUGAUGACUGUUAUCUUCUUCUGGGCUGCAUAUAAGACAAACUUUUUCCCUAGGAUCUUUCAUGUCGAAAGCCUUGAGAAGAUAGCUCAAGACGAUUACCAGAAACUUGCUUCUGCUGUAUAUCUCCAAGUUAGCACUAUCAGUCAGGCUCUCAUCUUUGUCACAAGGUCUCGCAGCUGGUCAUUUGUUGAGCGCCCGGGCUUUCUGUUAGUGUUUGCUUUCUUGGUUGCACAGCUGAUAGCUACAUUGAUUGCUGUGUACGUUAACUGGGGUUUCACUUCAAUCAAAGGCAUUGGAUGGGGCUGGGCCGGUGUUGUGUGGCUCUACAAUCUCGUCUUUUACUUCCCACUUGAUAUCCUCAGGUUCCUCAUCCGAUAUGCUCUGAGCGGGAAAGCUUGGGAUCUUGUCAUUGAGCAAAGAAUUGCAUUUACUAGGAAGAAGGACUUUGGCAAGGAAGAGAGGGAGCUCAAGUGGGCACACGCACAGAGGACCCUCCACGGACUGCAGCCACCAGAUGCCAAGCUGUUCCCCGAGAGGGUGAACGAGCUGAAUCAAAUAGCUGAAGAGGCGAGACGGAGGGCUGAGAUUGCGAGGCUGAGAGAGCUUCACACGCUGAAGGGACAUGUGGAGUCGGUCGUGAAGCUCAAGGGCCUGGACAUCGACACCAUCCAGCAGUCGUACACAGUGUAACGGACUCAUAGUCAUAUAUAUGCCCUGGGUUGAGUAUAUUUAAAUAUCUGUUUCUCGCAGAGGAACAGCUAAUUCUGGUAGUUGGCUGUCAUCUUUUACUUACCGUAGCUGUGGCACCAGAUCAAUAUAGUACAGUACAUAACGGGAACUGAUGUUUAUCAGUUGUGUGUAUGUGAUGCCUGUCUAUUGUCAUAUACUCAUAUGGGGAGAGGAGAUGUCGUCAGAUUUCCCCUGCAAA